UCGCUCGGGAUGUGGUAGUUUUACUAGCAAUAGGACGUCGUGUCGGCGACGCUGCUCUGCUGAGUAAAGUGGAGAAUGCAGCUUUAUUUUCUAGUCAAUUUUGGUCGUGGGGCUGGUAAUUUGUUGUUUUGUGAGACUGUUGUUCGAUUGAAGUUGAAGGACUGAGCUUGUGAAUGCGACGUGUUGCUACUGUUUUUGAGGAUUUUCCUUUUGUUCGUAAUUGGCUACCGAGUUUGGAAUUGCUUGCUGAUUUGACAAUAAUCGCGUGCUUUUCCGUCGGAAAUCUUGCGGUUUUAUUGAUGCUGGCUUGUGCUUUUUGUUAGACUGGUUGGUGUGUUAGUUGAGGUCUUACAGAAAUGGGUGCCUCAAAGAAAUGGCUCAAAUCAUUGCUUGGGUUGAAGAAAUCUGAAAAAUCGCAAUCCCUGGAGAAUGAUGAAAAUAGAUCUGUGAAUGUGGGCAAGAUCUGGCACCGGAGAAAGCACUCUGUUGAGAUUGAUAACAGCGUGCUUGGAAAUGAGUUGAAUCAAAGCAUUGUUACAUCAACUGAGAACAAAGAUGCCAUCUUUCAAUCAGCUUCGGAUUCAACUAGCUCCCCUUCUACCUCACUUCCGGUGCAAAAUGCUGAACAUUAUAGGAGGGAAGAAUGGGCAGCCGUACGCAUCCAAACAGCAUUUAGAGGAUUUCUGGCGAGACGAGCUUUGCGUGCUUUAAAAGGACUGGUGAGACUCCAAGCUCUUGUUAGAGGCCAUGCUGUGCGAAAACAAGCUGCCAUUACACUCCGAUGCAUGCAAGCUUUAGUAAGAGUUCAGGCUCGUGUCCGAGCUAGGCGUGUUCGUAUGGCAUUGGAAAACCAAACAGCACAACAGAAGCUUCAAGCACAACUUGAUCACGAGGCCUAUGUUAAAGAAAUAGAAGACGGGUGGUGUGACAGUGUUGGGUCUGUCGAAGAAAUUCAGGCGAAGUUGUUGAAAAGGAAGGAGGCGGCUGCUAAACGAGAAAGAGCAAUGGCAUAUGCUUUAGCUAAUCAGUGGCAAGCAGGGUCGAGGCAGCAGGUAGCUCGUGCAGGUUUUGAACCUGACAAAAACAACUGGGGAUGGAAUUGGUUAGAGAGAUGGAUGGCUGUUCGGCCAUGGGAAAACCGUUUUCUGGACAUCAAUCUUAAAGAUGGUGUCAAAAUUAAUGAGAAUGAACAAACUGAUGAGAAUGCACCCACAACUCAGUUCACUUCUGUGGGGAAAAAAUCUUCUUCGAAUGGGAAGGCUCCUCAUUCAAACAGCAACUCUAAUGGCUCAAAUGAGAAAAGAGUUGCAUCUUACUCUGACGGCUGCAGUUCUUCACCCACCAAGCCAGCCAAUGUGCAGGAAACACCCGGUGUGCUUUUCUCCAAUGCUAGGUUGAAACCAGUUCUUGAUGAUUUGGCUGAGGAAGCUGCCUCAAUGCCCAAUGUUGUCCCGAGAUCUAACAGCAAUCCUAAAGAGAGGACCUCCCUCACCGAUAAACAAGGAAAGAAGAGACUGUCUUUGCCUGCCAACGGAUCGGCCUCCAGCAGCCAACCCACCCGGAACCUUCCAAAAGCUGUCGGCAAAAGAUCUCCUAUUGCUCCAAAGUCUGUGAAGGACAAAGCCAAGUCAAACGGGACCAAUCCAAAGCCUUCGAAGCUCAGCCCACAAGUUGAUCACUAGCUUCUGAACAACCAGACGACGUCCUUUGCGCAAUAUGCAGCAGCAGCUACUUCUGUUUGUACAUAAAGAGUGAGCAAAUGCUUGAGCAGUGUGUUCCAGCAAUUUCCCGUCAUGUCGUCCACCAUGAUCGAGUCUGGAAAGUAGGGCUCCUGUGGUGGAAAUAAGAUCCUGAUCGACACAGGUACGGAAUUUAUCUGAUCUGAUCUUAUUUGAUCGCGUGCUGUUAAUGAAAAUGAUCGUAUUUAUUGGUUCGUCGGCGUCGGCCUUGCUUUUUAUUUCAUAGCAUUGCAGUUGUUGGUUGUGUGUGCUCCUGUGAUGAACUGUUACCAUCUUGAAGAGUCAUGUAUUAUAUCGUAUCUUAUUGUAAUGUAUUGUAUUGUAUUUCAUUGCAUUAUAUUGUAUUGUAUUGUACUGUAUUGCAAUACCUAAUGUAUGUAUAUUUUCACUAUUUCCACAA